UUGUAAAGCCUGGUACUUAUUCUAUCGGUCUCUUUUGUGGAACUGCUAAGUUACGGGGACGUAAACGCAUCAAUAGCGGUCGUCGUGCGGUAGUGUGUGACACAUACACGCACACACACAUACACACACACACACACACACACGCACACACAUAUAUACAUAUAUACCUCUUUCAUUUGUUUCAACCAUACGGCUGCGGUCAUACUGGAGCACCACCGUGAUUAAUUACUUUAGUCUAAGCAAUGAUAAUUAAUCAAACCAGCAGCAACAACAACAGCAGCAUCAACAGCAGCAGCAGCAACAACAGCAGCAGCAGUGGUAAAGGCAACAACAUUAACAGCAACAAGAUCAGUAGGAAAACACCCAGCUUAUUACGGUUACUAACGAUCAAUGUCAAAUACAACAGCAGCAAUAGCCGCAGCUUGAAGGACAUCAGCAGCAACAACAACAACGGAAGCAGUAAUAGGAACAACAACAAAAACAAGAACAAUAAACGAAACACUGUGGAUAAUGCAACGUGGACGUUAUUACUAUUAACUAUUAACGCCGAAAUUAUCAACUUCAAAAAUUAUCAACUUCAAAAUUAUCAACUUCAAAAUUAUCAACUUCAAAAUUAUCAAUUUAAAAAUCAACAUUAUAAGUAUUAUCAGCUUCAUCACUAACAAUAUCAACAGUAAAGCCAGCAUUAUUUGCAACGAGCAUUAUCGAUAUCAUAAGCACCAACAUUAUCGGCAACCAGUAGCCUGAAACAUUAUCAGCGUUAAAAUAGCAAUAUCAACAUUAUCAGCGUUAAAAUAGCAAU